GCUUGCCAUUCGGUCGGUAUAAUAUGGUUGCUCGUUAUACUGACUAAUUAUCUUUAUCCAUUUAUAAUAAAUCACACAGAACUGCGCUAAAAAAAUCAGUAACGCAUCUUAUAAGUCAUGGAUUCCGAACCGAUCACAGCACCCAGAACCUCUGGUAAAAAUAUGAGGAAAUUAUGGAGAUACAAGAACAAAACUAAGGCAAGCAUAAUGAAGGCAAAAAGGAAUAAAAAUAAAGCGAGUUACGGGUAUUAUAUUUACCAAGUUCUAAGGAUAUAUAGGCGAGGUAAUCGGAUAACGGCGAAAGCGAUGGCUGUCAUGGAUUCGUUUAUGAACGACAUAUUUGAGCGGAUAACAGCUGAAGCGUCGCGUCUCGUGCGAUACAACAGACGUUCAACUCUAACUGCGAAGGAAAUACAGACUGCAGUAAGAUUCUUGCUACCAGGUGAGCUGGCCAAACACGCUAUCAGUGAAGGCACCAAAGCAGUCGCUAGAUACAACAGCAAAGAAAUAGCCAAUGACGAUGUAAUUUAUUAAUAAAUGUUUGGAUAAA